UGCGAGGGCCGGGAGCCGGACGAGCCCAGAUACCAACGGCUGCACGGCACCGGGGAGCGGUUUGGCGGAGACACAGGGCCGCUCCGAGGUCGCCGCAAUGCUCCCCUCCUUGCAGGAAUCGCUGGAUGGGGAUGAAAAGGAGCUAGAGAGCAGCGAAGAGGGAGGCUCAGCCGAGGAGCGGAGACUCGAGCCGCCGUCCAGUAGCCACUACUGUCUCUACAGCUACCACGGAAGCAGAUUGGCACAGCAACGAGGGGACAGUGAUGACGGAAGCCCAAGUGGCACAAAUGCAGAAACUCCCUCUGGUGAUGAUUUCAGCCUCUCCUUGGUGGAUAGUAAUCUACCAUCCGAAGUGGAGCCAGAGCUGCGCAGUUUCAUUGCUAAGCGUCUUUCAAAAGGUGCAGUCUUUGAAGGGCUGGGUAAUGUUGCAUCUGUGGAGCUGAGAAUUCCAGGUUACCGAGUUGGUUGUUAUUACUGCCUUUUCCAAAAUGAAACACUGCUUCCUGAAACAGUAGCAAUGGUCUCUGGACAUAACCCUUCAGAAUAUGUGAUCUGUUUUUUAGGAGGUUCUGACAAAGGACUUGAGCUUUUCAGGCUUGAAUUGGACAAGUACAUUCAAGGCCUGAAAAAUAACAUGAACUGUGAGGAAAGGGGCCUGGAGAAUCCUAUAAAGUCCUAUCUGAGCAGCUGGUUUGAGGAUGUUGUAUGCCCAAUCCAAAGGGUGGUUCUUCUGUUUCAGGAAAAGCUUACCUUUCUGCUACAUGCUGCUUUGAGUUAUACUCCUGUUGAAGUUAAAGAAUCAGAUGAAAAAACAAAGAGAGACAUUAACAGGUUUCUAAGUGUGGCCAGUCUUCAAGGACUUAUUCAUGAAGGCACCAUGACUUCUUUGUGCAUGGCCAUGACAGAGGAGCAGCAUAAGUCUGUGGUCAUCGAUUGCAGUGGCUCCCAGCCUCAGUUCCACAAUGCAGGAAGUAACCGGUUUUGUGAGGAUUGGAUGCAAGCUUUUUUACAUGGUGCUGAAGGAGGUAACCCUUUUCUUUUCCGACAAGUACUGGAGAACUUUAAAUUAAAGGCCAUACAAGACACAAACAAUUUGAAGAGAUUUAUCCGACAGGCAGAAAUGAAUCAUUAUGCUUUGUUUAAAUGUUACAUGUUCCUAAAGAACUGUGGUAGUGGAGAUAUACUUUUGAAGAUUGUUAAAGUAGAACAUGAAGAAAUGCCUGAAGCCAAAAAUGUGGUAGCUGUCCUUGAAGAAUUCAUGAAAGAAGCUCUUGACCAAAUUUUUUGAUCUUAUGUUUUGAGAUAAUUAUAUGAUCAAUUUAUAUAUUUGAGUCUUAGUGUUUGACAUUGCAGUUAUAAUUGUUCAUAGGAUUGCUUAAGAUGAUUUGAAACUCAAUCCAGAUUGUUUUUCUUUUCGUAUUUUAACAAUUUAACUUAAAAAUCUGAGGAGCAUCUUUGCUGAGUCUUAGAUAGAUAUGUGUGUGAGAGCUGUGGAAUUUUAGUGUCUCCCUGGACUUGUAAAUUCCAGGCUUCAGGAAGUUGUUGCUUAAAAAAUUUCAGAGAUGAUUUUGUUUGUGGCUUUUCUCAGGAGUUUGCUGCAGUAUUUAGCAACUUUUCUUCUUAGAAAAAUCAUAAUACUUCUUUCUCAAUGGAUUGUAGCUUCUUAAAAAAAAUGCAAUCUUAGUCUUAGAACAGAUUAAUACCACUACACCAUUUCAAAGACAGGUCUGUUCAUCCUGUGGGUGCUUGAUGUGUUUUUUUGUCUAGUUGAUAAUGGCAUGGAUGAUAAAGUCAGAUUUAGGUCUAUAUGCAAAUCCUGAGUAUGUAAGAAAUUAAAUGAGCUUUAAAAUAGAUAUACUAGCUUUAGGAUAAAACAUUAUCUUUGAGAGAAAGCUACUGCAGAAGUCGCCCUCAGUCACCACUUUUCUUCAUUUGUUCACAGGCAUUUAUGAAGAGCCUAUGUUUUCUUUUGGGUGAAAAUGCUGGCGUUUUAAAACAGUGUUGAGAAAAGAAAGUACAUACAGUUUACAAGCAAACUGUGACAUAAGGAAUGCAAACAGGGGUUCUUCAUAUUCGAGUUAAACUCAUUGAUUUUAGGGUUUUUUGUCUUGUUUUGUUUUGUUUUUUUGUUUUGAGAGAGAGCCUUGGUCUGUUGCCCAGGUUGGAGUACAGUGGUGCGAUCUCGGCUCACUGCAACCUCCACCUCCCAAGUUCAAGCAGUUCUUUCCCUCGGCCUCCUGAGUAGCUGGAAUUACAGGCACCCACUACCAUGUCUGGCUAUUUUUAUUUUUGUUUUUAAGUAGAGAUGGAGUUUCACCAUCUUGGCCAGGCUGGUCUUGAACUCUGGACCUCGUGAUCCACCUGCCUUGGCCUCCAAAGUACUGGGAUUACAUGUGUGAGCCACUGUGCCCGGCCUGAUUUUAGUUUUUUGUACAUUUGUUACAAGCCUCAGAUUGUUGUACUCUGAAUCAAUUGAAAGUGCCCUCAGCUAGCCAUUUACAAUUCCCAUGGAAGCCUAUGUAGCUACACACAUAUGAUUGCAAUUGCUUGGCAUAGCUCUUUAAUAAAUUCAUUUGAUAAUGAUUUUUGCAUAGAAGAACAGAAGCCUUGUGUUCCCACUUCCCUUAGGAUGCUCAGAGAAGCACAAACCCAUAAAACUGAGGAAUCCUUUCUUAAAUGGAUCUAAAUUCACAUUAAGUGCUGAGUUUUAACUUUCAAAAUGACUGACAGUGGCCUUCUGCCUUCUCUACAUAAGCCUUGGGACAUGACUCACCAAGCAUUUCUUUUCCUUUAAUAAGAAAUACAAUUCAGGAUCUUCAUAAAUGCUUUCAUAUGGUUUUAAACUUUAAUAACUUGGAUUGUAGGCAGCUACAAAAAGUAGCUUUCAUAGUAUUAAAGUCAAGGUGGCUGGGUGCGGUGGCGCACACUGAAUCUCAGCCCUUUGGGAGGCUGAGGCAGGUGGAUCACCUGAGGUCAGGAGUUUGAGACCAGCCUGACCAAUAUGGUAAAACCCCAUCUCUACUAAAGUUAAAAAGAUUAGCCGGGUGUAGUGGCGUGUGCCUGUAGUCCCAGCUAUUCGGGAAGCUGAGGCAGGAGAAUAGCUUGAAGAACAGAAGUCUUGUGUUCUCACCUCCCUCAGGGAAGCACAAACCCAUAAAACAGACUGCAGUGAGCUGAGAUUGUGCCACUGCACUCCAGUCUGGGGGACAGAGCGGGACUCCAUCUCAAAAUAAAUAAAUACAGUAGAGUGACUAAGGAAAACCAGCAAUUUCACGACACUGUCAUUGAAUCUGACUCUUCCCAAUGUAGUUGGUUGCCCACUUGGAAAUCAUUUUUUUAAGUAAGCAACAUUAACACAUGAACAUUUUAAGUCUGAAAAAAUACUUCAUUUUCAAAUUCAUGUCAUUCAAGAGUCUGUGUUGUAAAUGUCAUUUAAAAGCAAAAGUGUUACCUGCUUCAAAUCAUUUAUGGACAUAUGCAAGAUGUACUUAUAUAUUCUCUGUGUGUUUGUACAUGUUUUUGUAAUGUAGGCUUACUACAUGACACAGCUCUAUAUGAUAGUUUUAUUUUAUAUAUAUACCUUUUUUUUGAGACAGAGUUCUGUCACCCAGGGUGGAGUGCCGUAGCUUCAUCUUGGCUCACUGCAACCUCUGCCUCCUGGGUUCAAGGGAUUCUCCUGCCUCAGCCUCCAGAGUACCUGGGACUACAGGUGCAUGCCACCACGCCCAGCUAAUUUUUGUAUUUUUAGUAGAGACAGGGUUUCACCAUGUUGGCCAGGAUGUUCUCAAUCUCUUGACCUCGUGAUCCACCCACCUCAAUCUCCAAAGUGCUGGGAUUACAGGCAUGAGCCACUGCACUUGGCCACAUUUUUAAAAAUGAAAUAGGGUCUCACUAUGUUGCUCAGACUGGUCUUAAACUCUUGGGCUCAAACAGUCUUCCCACCUCAGCCUCCCAAAGUGAGCCACUGUGCCCAGCCUCUGGUAGUCUUAUUAAAAACAAAAAAAAAUAGUAAGUGUGACAAUUUUUUUUUUAAGUGUCACUACUAAAGACAAGGAAAAUGGGGUCAUGGAACUGAAUAUCUUGGUCAUGAGAAGAAACCACAGAGCUCAUGACUAGAAAAACAUGUGCUGUAUACAAAUUUUAAUAAGCUAUUUUGGCUUUGAAAGUUUCUUGUUUUUCUUUUUGAGAUGAAGUUUUGGAGUGCAAUUGUGUGAUCUCAGUUCACCACAAACUCCACCUCCCGGGUUCAAGCGAUUCUCCUGCCUUGGCCUCCUGAGUAACUGGGAUUACAGGCAUGUGCCACCAUGCCUGACUAAUUUUUUGUAUUUUUAGAAGAGACAGGGCUUUUUCAUGUUGGUCAGGCUAGUCUCAAACUCUCGACUUAAGGUGAUCCAACUGCCUUGGCCUCCCAAGGUGCUGGGAUUAAUAGGCGUGAGCCACUGCCUAGCCAUGGCUUUUAAAGUUUUAAAAAGGAUUUGUUCAGACAUGGAAUACAUUUAUGUAUAUUACUUGUGAGCCAUACACACAGAGGAAAUGUAUGUUUGUCAUAUAUGAAAAAUGGCUUCAGUUCAUCUGUAAUUAAUUUGUAAUUAUAAUAAGACUUAGCUUCUCAUCAAGACAAUUAUUAUUUUUUUUUUUUUUUGAGACAGUCUCACUCCAUCACCAGGAGCCAGGCUGGAGUGCAGUGGCGUGACCUCGGCUCACGGUAACCUCCGCUUCCCGGGUUCAAGCAAUUCUGCUGCCUCAGCCUCCCAAGUAGCUGGGACUACAGGCGCCCGCCACCACGCCCAGCUAAUUUUUUUGUAUUUUUAGUGGAGACGGGGUUUCACCAUGUUGGCCAGGAUGGUCUCGAUCUCUCAACCUUGUGAUCCACCCUCCUCGGCCUCCCAAAGUGCUGGGAUUAUAGGCAUGAGCCACCGCGCCCGGCCUUCAAGACAAUUAUUUUUAUGUAAUGACCUCAAUCCUCAGGCCUAACAUUUGUAUUCCCAACAAAUUUGUGAGGAAAUUAUACUUGUUAUACUAAGGCAUUUAUUAAAGAAAAUCAAAUCACUUGCUAGGAUAGACCUUUCUGCUUCUUGCAGGAGGAGGCAUCAAGCAGAAUCUAAGAGCAAUUUUCCUCACAAUGUUUUAUUCAUUGUCCAGUAGAGUUAUACCCGUAGAACUUAAUAACCCAAGUCACUUUCUUUCACUCUCAUUCAUUAUUCACCAUGACAGAAUGCCUGUCCUCUACCCGAGGAUCCCUCUGACUAGGUGCCGGGAAAGCCUGUGGGCUUCUUGGAAAUAGGCUGUUACUAGGACCACUCUUUCUGUGUGUCUUCUCAGUUAAUGGAAACCCUGCUGGCUUCAUUGAAGUCUUUCCACUUGGAGGUCUGAGCAGCCCAGUUCUCUUAAAUGCUAAAGUUCUUAAAUGUGGCUGGGUGUGGUGGCUCAGGCCUGUAAUCCCAGCACUUUGAGAGGCCAAGGCAGGAGAUCUCCAUCAGCCUAGGAGUUCGAGAGCAGCCUGGGCACCACAGUGAAACCCUAUCUCUACAAAAAAUAAAAUUAGCAGGAUCUGGUGGUAUGUGUCUUCCCAGUUACUCAGGAGGCUCAGGCUGGAAGAUCGCUUGAGCCCAGGAGCUCAAAGUAACUGAGCUAUGAUUAUAUUACUGCACUCCAACCUGGGCAACAGAGUGAAACCCUAUCUCAAAUAUAAAGAAAUAGGCCAGGUGUGGUGGCUCACGCCUUUAAUCCCAGCACUUUGGGGGAUCGAGGAGGGUUGAUAACCUGAGGUCAGGAGCUCAAGACCAGCUUGACCAACAUGGAGAAUCCCGUCUCUAUUAAAAAUAUAAAAUUAGCUGGGUGUGGUAGCACAUGCCUGUAAUCUCAGCUACUCAGGAGGCUGAGGCAGGAGAGUUGCUGGAACCCAGGAGGAGGAGGUGGUGGUAAACCGAGAUCACGCCAUUGCACUCCAGCCUGGGCAAUGAGCAAAACUAUAUCUCACACACACACAAAUUACAUAUAUAUGUAAAAACAAAGUGCCUAAGUGUGUUUUUUUUGUUGUUGUUGUUUUGAGACAGGAGUCUUACUCUGUUGCCAGGCUGGAGUGUAGUGGCGUGAUUUCAGCUCACUGCAACCUCCACCUCUCAGAUUCAAGUGAUUCUCCUGCCUCAGCCUCCGGAGCAGCUGGGACUACAGGCAUGUACCACCAUGCUUGGCUAAUUUUGUAUUUUUAGUAGAGAUGGGGUUUCUCCAUGUUGGCAAGGCUGGUCUCGAACUCCUGACCUAAGGUGAUCCACCCGCCUUGGCUUCCCAAAGUGCUGGGAUUACAGGUGUGAACAACCGCACCCGGCCCUUCAUUUCUUAAUUACCUUAUUUUUGGGAAGUGCCUUAUUAAUUUAUUGAAGAAUGAGAAUCUAGUAUUAACAGAAGGGAAGAACCAGGAAAGUAAAAAAGGGAGUGAGAGGAGGCAAAGGCAAAGAGAAUUCAACAGCUUCUGGCUCUCCAAGGAGCUUGUCUUUAUUAUUAUUUUUUAUUUUUAUUAUUUAUUUUUUGAGACAGGAUCUCAUUCUGUCACGCAGACUGGGGUGCAGUGGCAGGAUCUCGGCUCACUGCAACCUCUGCCUCCCAGGCUCAAGCAAUUAGCCUGCCUCAGCCUACCGAGUACCUGGGCAGCAGGCAUGCACCACUACCACCUGGCUACUUUUUGUUAUCUUUAGUGGAGAUGGCGUUUCGCCAUGUCGGCCAGGCUGGUCUCGAACUCCUGACCUCAAGUGAUCCACCGGCCUUCCAAAGUGCUGGGAUUACAGGUAACAGCCACCAUACUGGGCCCAUACAUACACAUUUUUUUUUUUUUUUUUUGAGACAGAGUCUUGCUCUGUCACCAGGCUGGAGUACAGUGGGGUGAUCUCGGCUCAAUGCAACUUCUGCCUCCCGGGUUCAAUCGAUUCUCCUGCCUCAGCCUUUUGAAUAACUAAGACUACAGGCAUGCACCACCACACCCAGCUCAUUUUUGUAUUUUUAGUAGAGGCAGGGAUUUCACCAUGAUGGCCAGGAUGGUCUCGAUCUCUUGACCUCAUGAUCUGCCCUCCUCAGCAUCCCAAAGUGCUGAGAUUACAGGCGUGAGCCACUGCACCCAGUCAGUACAUAUGCAUUUUUAUGGGAAGAGAAAUCAUAGCAUUUAUCAACCACCCAAAAUAGUUCAGUGAUUUGAGAAAAGUAAGAUGCACAGAGCUAUAGACUGGUGCCAAGCACUGAUGCCCUGAUCUAUAUUUUAUAGAAAUCCUACAUCCACCACGCUGCUGUUCAUCCUCUCCCACCCAUCCUGACCCAGACCCAGAUGAAACAGGCCCUAAUACUAGCCCUUCAGGUCACUUCAUGAAUAACCAAUGGCUUGGAAAAAAAAUCUUUAAUGGAAUCUGUGCUCAAAUAAUAUGUUACAACAAAAAUAUACAGAAUGUACACAAUACAAAAAUACUUAGAAACAAA